CGUCAGAUCAAAUAACUUUCUCUUCGUUCGUUCUGCAUCAUGUUGAUGAACUCGUAUAUUGCGGCAGCUGUGCUGGCCUUUUGCGCCGCUCAGACGGGCGCUGCUCCUGUUGCUGUUCCUCCACCGGAGUUGUUGGCUGAGAAGAACAUUGCUUUCCAAGGCUUUGAUCCAUCAACAUGGACACCAGCGAAGCGGGAUGCCGAAGCUCAAUGGAACACAGCAAACAAGGACGGCAGCGUUCCAGACUCGUUCAUGCAGGCCGUGAACAAGUGGCAAAAGGCGAAGAAUAGCGGCAGCAGCAGCAAAUCGAAUAACGACAAGCGAGACGCCGGCUUAUUUGUUGCAAACCCUGAUGGGACUCUUCCGCAGAAGUCCCAGGAAGCAUUAGAACGCUGGAACAAACAGUUCUUGGGUCAGAAGCGAGACGCCCUCUCCGUCGCGGUAGGCCCAGACGGCUACGUUCCACCAGAGGUCCAAGAGCAACUAGAUCGCUGGGACGGGCGACCUUCUGAGGAGAAGCGAAACGCCCUUUCAGUCGCUGUCGAUCCUGAGACCGGAGCCAUCUCACCAGAAGCCCAAGAGCAAUUAGACCGCUGGAACAGACAAUUUGGCUAUCCUGCCAAGGAGAAGCGAGACGCGCUCUCCGUCGCAGUCGACCCCGAAACCGGCUCCAUCUCCCCGGAAUCCCAGGCGGCACUAGACCGCUGGAACAAACAAUUCGGCUAUCCCGCAAAGCGCGCAGCAGAAGAACAGUCGAAGCAAAAUCUUCCUCAAGGUCCCGGUGUCCUCGAUCUCAAGAACGGAGAAUACCGACCCCUCAUGAUCCAACGCCGUGAAGCAGAAGCAGAAGCAGAACCACAAGUCUUCUCCGGCUUGCCAUCAGCUUCCUGGUUCAAGAACUAUAAAGCCCAGCAGAGCAAAAAGAACAAGAAGAACAAUGGCAAGCGUGAAGCAGUCGCAGGACCUUCUUCCUCUGGCAAGAGCAACUACAUCUCCAUCCCGGCGAACGCUUGGGCUGCGGCGUUGAAGAAGCAGAAGGGCGGGGAGUGAUCAGCCAGCAGUAGAGCGGAGCAGCAGUCAGCAGAAGCAAAAAGGCUUCUAGCUGAGCAAUGGACUGUACCCCAAUAUGGUGCCACGAAUGACGGAAAGAUGGGUACGAGACACGAACCAGAAUUCCGCACACCAAAAGAGCGUGUGCAAGGCUAGCUACCUCGCACGAGAUGAGGAAAGCCGUGGGAAUGGCAAGAAAGGUGGUCGCUGGCCGGCCUGCCCACCAAAGCCGCGAUAUGAGAGAAGAAUAACGAAGUAUCAACAUAUGAACGAAAUGACCGAGACAAAGAUUGGACGAGCGCACGAAAGAAUGUACGAAGUAGGGUAGAACGAGAGCCACGAGGACGAGCAAGCAUUGGACCGGCGUUUUCGGAUUCGGGUUUGGAUGGGAUUUAGCGUGUAGUCGUUUGGUCUUUCCGUCGGAUAGAGUACUCGCAACAGCAA